CGCUGUGUCCUCCGUUACGUUGCAGCAGAGUUGCCGUCUGACACGAGAGAGGAGCGGAGGGACUGAACAGCUGACCACCUCGCGCAAAUUCGGAACUGCAAGUGAUGGAAAUCUCGGAGGUCGUUUUAUUCACCUACCUCUUCACUCACUACUUCGGCACCAUCCUCUUCAUCUCGUGGCUUUACGUCAGCGGGACCCCCACUGACAUCACCAACUAUGGAUUGCCUAAUUGAAGUUGGGCCACCUGAUCCUGUUUGCGCCAGGACAACCCAACGGAAUUAGAGCAAGAGAGAAGUCGUUAUGGUCAGUUGUGCAAAUCGUUCAUUUCCUGCUCAGAGAACUGGUGUCAAAAGCGGAAUUUCAAAAUCUCAGGAGAUCCCAUCUGUUUGCGCGUAAAGGACGUGGACAUAACGGCUCCAUUCAACGCUGCCCGAACUACUCUGCGCUAUGUUUUAGUGAUUAUUGGAAAGAAUCCGUAGUUUAGAAUAGAGGGUGUUUUUGUGAGACGGUUUUGUUUCUGCCUGCUUUGAAGUGAGAGUGGCGGCCAGCUUUUAUUGCGCGCAUACCAAUUGUGCGCUGCAGAUUAGCCGCUCCGUUUCCACGGACGACCCACCGCAGCAGGACCUAAAAUCAUUGACAAGCAGCAAGCCUCACCAAACCACUGUGAAAAGGUUCCACUGAAAAUCCUAUUUGAACCCCUGUCAUUUGAACUUUCAUUACAACCGAGAGAGUUUUUAAAGCUGCAGUCAAGUGCGCCCGUGAGGCAGGAGUAAACCAUGGCUUUACCAGAUAGUUGCAUAUCUGGGGAGGAGGUACCCUUCCCAGAGAUUAUAGAGCUCAAUGUUGGUGGCCAGGUGUACAUAACCCGCUUUUCUACCCUCACAAGUGUGCCAGACUCCCUGCUAUGGGAGAUGUUCAGUAGAAAGUCAGCCAAAGGACUGGCCAGGGACACCAAGGGUCGCUUCUUUGUGGACCGUGAUGGUUUCCUGUUCCGUUACAUCCUGGACUACAUGCGGGACCAGCAGCUGGUUCUCCCAGACCACUUCCCCGAGCGCGGGCGACUGCAAAGGGAGGCUGAGUUCUUCAACCUGCCAGAGCUUGUCAAGCUACUGGCGCCCAAAAUGAGCAAGCAGAACUCCCUCGGCGAGGAGGGAUGUCAGAGCGACCCAGAGGACUCCUCACCCGGGAUUGACACGCCCCGUAACCUCGGCUCCCUGGGCGCUGCAGCCGCUGCCUGUGCCAGCCUGGUGCCCAGUGCCAUGGACAGCAAGCGGUCUGGGUUCAUCACCAUUGGCUACCGAGGCUCAUACACCCUGGGUCGUGACAGCCAAACCGAUGCCAAAUUCCGCCGUGUGGCACGGAUCAUGGUGUGUGGGAAGACCUCUCUGGCCAAAGAGGUGUUUGGGGAGACCCUGAACGAGAGCCGUGACCCAGACCGCCCCCCUGAGCGCUACACGUCCCGCUACUAUCUCAAGUUCACCUUUCUGGAGCAGGCUUUUGACAAGCUGGCUGACGCAGGCUUCCACAUGGUGGCCUGUAAUUCCACAGGGACCUGCGCCUUUGCCCAUGAGCAGACGGACGACAAGAUCUGGACCAGCUACACUGAAUAUGUGUUCUACCGUGAGUGAGACUAUCGGCUUUGUUCCCCUGGUCCCCCACCCUGUCUCCAAGUGCCCCCCUCCCCUCCUCCUCCAGCCUCCAGCCAUCCUGUCUUCUCUCUGAUGGCUCCUGCACCAGUAGAUGUACCGUAGAUGUUGUGCCCCUCCAUCUCUCUCUGCAGCCUCUCCAGCUUUUAUCCAAUGAACAGUACCCAGCAGCUCUGACUCUUCAUACCUUCUCUGCAGGUUCGAAUCUGUAGCCCCUGCCCCCUCUCGACUCCAGAUCCUUUCCCCCCCUCAUCCUCAGGUCCAGCUUUUGCCCUUGCUUAAACCGCCGCUCCAUCUAGUUGUAGUUCCCGGUCCUCGACCGCAGCAACCCCACAGCCUUUCCUGCAGAGACUGAUACCUUCUAUGUACUUUUCCCCUUUUGUACUCUAUAUAUUGCAUCUGCCUUGGUGAAGCACAAUACUGUAUCCAAGAGCUAAUUUUGUUAAAUAAGCACCCCGGUGUGUCUACAUGACUAUUAAAGCAGUCAUGAGGGCAUAAGUUAAAGGGCUUUAUAGAGUGGCCGUGAUGUUCAGUGCUAUACUUUGCCUGCUCACCGGAGCAGAUCGGACUCUCUCUCCUGCUCCUCUGAACUAAAUGAUCAAAUAAUUGGACAUCUUAUCAGCCUUGAGGGACGCGAGCAGCCCAAGCACAAGAAAGAAGUGUAACACAAAAAUCUAAUUUCCCUCAGUUUUUAUUAAAUGUGUCCACUACCAUGCGGUUGUGAACGUGUGCCAUACAGUAGUUUCUACAGUACAGUAGUAAUCUGUUCAGCUGUUGUUGUGAGUGAAUGAGGUUUAUGAUAACACAGCCACAUGGACAGGGAGAGAAAUGCAUUGAGCUUUUUUUUGUUGAACGAGAUAAGUAGAUUGUAGGUGUGUGGAGUUUUCCUUUUCAAAAAUACACUGAUUGUGGGGCAGAUGAACAAGCCGCAGGCUUUGAUACACAACCAUGGAAUCUCAAAUGUCACAAGAUGUCGCGGAUAAAAAGAAAGAAAGAGAGAAAAAAAAAAGAGGUUGCUGGAUGAGGUGUGUGUGUGUGUGUAUUGAUUGUGCAAUAGCGCUUUCAGUAUUUUAAUAACUCUCGAUGGGAGGGCCAGGCAGAUGUUGUUACAUCACUCACAGCCCACUGCUCUAUUUCUUUCGCUCAUUGUGCUUCUUUGACAUUUCUUUGCUCAAUUAAAUAUUUAAGAGCAUUUUCAUAGCGAAGAGCUUCUCGAGACAGGCUUACACCAUGACUACAUGUUGUUUCCCCUCGUCCAAAAAAAAUGUGGUAGUCACCUUAGCGGAUCACGUUUUGAGUGUUCUGUAAACAAUAAUGUUAUUCUUAAUACUCAGUUCGGUAUUAGUUUAAGCUGUUGCAUAUUUGAUGAUAGUGAAUACCCACAAGAAAGGGUAGGAUUACGCUGUAGCCAGCCAUGCCCAAUGUUUCUUUACUACUGUAGCAAGGGCACUGUGAGGGCAGUUUAUGGUAAGCAGGUAUGACUUCAGUUUUAAAGGAGCGAGUUAUGAUAGACGGUCGUUUCCAGAUACAGCCUCAGAACAGGCCUGCACAUCAUAUAGCCUACCUCAGACUAAAAUACAAACUGAAGGCACAUAAGAUCCAGCUGAGGACGUGAAAUUGCAGACAGUCAGUGAAAUAUCCCAAACGUAGACGCUGUAACAAGAUUAUGAAGAAGAGGUGGAAUUAGAGAAACAGCCGUCGAGGCAGCAUUGUGCAGGGUUUCUCCUAAACUGUCAGGUUGUUGUCCUGGCAGGAUGUCUGACAGUGACGAUAAAUGUAUUCUAAAAUGUCUUGAAACGGCAAUGUUGUGUUUCAGUGUGAUGAAGUGCUGUUGACAUCUGAGUCAAUAUGUUAGACCUGCUGCAGUGUGUCGCUGCAGCCGUAGACCACUGAAAUUAAAAGUGUUCAGCGAAAAAGCAAAAUUGAUUUGUCAAAUAAAAGAUGUUUUCUUUCUA